AUGAUUCUAGGAUUAUUAGCAACGCUCGGCUGGGCUCUGGGCCUGGUGCUGCUGGUGUUUUCGUGGGCUGAAGAGAGCCCCCGGCAGACGCGCAAAGCAAUCCAGGUCUCGGUGUACAUCGUCGACGCCCUGCACGCACUGACACUUGUCGACGGCAUCAGCUGGUGGCGGGUCCUGGUAUCGCUGGCCAUCAACCACGUCUACACGCUCAACCUCCAGACGUUCCCGCUCGUCAACCUGGCCAGCCCGGGCUUUUUGGGGAGCUGCAUACUGGCCAUCGCUAACCAUUUCAUGUGGUUCUUUUACUUCAUCGGGCAUUUGGGGUUCCCGUUCGGCCAGGUAUGCGCUUUCAUGUUCUUCUGCGUCUGGAUGGUACCCAUCAGCCUGUUCAUCUCGCUCAUGCCUGUCGAGUCCUCGCUCCCCAACACGCAGGACAGCAAAAAGACCCGCCAGAACAUGUUCAAGGCCGUCUUCCAGCGACUCAGGCCGGCCAAUGGCCUUAUCGACUGUGCAGAGCCCGGAGUCAAGAACAUCUACGAUGGCCUGCUGCACGGCCUCAAGGUGCGCCCGGACACCAACGCCAUGGGCAAGCGUGACGUGGUGAAGCACAAGGUCAACGGCGAGAUGACCUCGGUUACCAAAAAGUGGAGCUACUUCAAGCUCAGCGACUACAAGUGGAUGACAUACCGCCAGAUCGCCGAUUACACCAAGACCCUCGGCUCCGGCUUUCUGCAGCUUGGGCUCAAGUCUGCCAGCCGUGUUGUUGUCUACGCCCCAACCUCGCGCGAGUGGCAGCUGUGCGCGCUCAGCACGUUCUCGCAGUCGAUGCAGAUUGUCACUGCCUACGACACCCUGGGCGAGGAGGGCGUCCUGCACGCCAUGAACGAGUCUGAGGCCGACCUGAUCUUCCUCAAGGCCGACCAGAUGCCCAUCCUGGCCCGCAUCAUGGAUCGCGUCGAAACCGUCAAGCACGAGGCCAUCGAGAAGGCCAAGGCCAAGUUUGAGGUCAAGUCGCUCGAAGACGUCUAUCAGCUCGGCGCCGACAAUCUCGCCGAGCUCAACCUGGCGGAUCCGGACGAGAUUGCCAUGGUCAUGUACACCAGCGGGAGCACGGGCAAGCCCAAGGGCGUUCUGAUCUCCCAUGCUAACGUCAUGUCCGUUGCCGGCGGAAUCCACCAGUUCAUCCCGCCCUACCUUGAAUAUGGCAAGGACGUCAUUCUGUCGUACCUGCCGCUGUCGCACGUGCUGGCCUUCUUCGUCGACAUGUACUGUCUGUAUUCGGGACUUGGCAUUGGAUACGGCACCCCACGCACCCUCACUGACGACAGCGUCCGCGAAUGUCUCGGUGAUAUCAAGGCGCUGCGGCCAAUGGUCAUGCUCGGCGUCCCCCAGGUCUGGAACACCAUCCGUGCUGGCAUGCUGAAGCAGGUCGACCGCAGCAGCUCGCUGAUCCGCAAGCUGUUCUACGGAUCGGUUGGCCUCAAAAACAAGCUGCGCGACCACCACCUGCCCCACAACUUCCUUGACGACAUUGUCUUCAAGAAGACGCGCGAGGCCACCGGCGGCCGCUUGAAGUUUGUUAUCACGGGCGGCGCCCCGAUCAACAAGAACGUGCAGCGCCUGAUGACCGCUGCCCUGUGCCCAAUGAUCCAGGGCUAUGGCAUGACCGAGAUGAGCGGCCUGGUGUCGGUGCAGCUGCCAUCCGACACUACCCUCGGCAACGUCGGCCCCCCAAGCCCUUCUGUCGAGUGCAAGCUUGUCGACGUGCCUGAGGCAAAGUACUUUGCCAAGAACAACCAGGGCGAGGUCUGGCUGCGUGGGCCGUCGGUCUUCAAGGGCUACCUGCACAACGACAAGGAGACCAAGGAGACCAUCACCGAGGACGGCUGGGUCAAGACCGGCGAUAUUGGUGAGUGGACCGAGCGCGGCGAGCUGACCAUCAUCGACCGCAAGAAGAACCUUGUCAAGCUGGUCACCGGCGAGUACAUUGCGCUGGAAGCCCUCGAGGCCACAUACAAGAACUCGCUGUUUGUCAACAACAUCUGCGUCUACGCUGACUCGCACAUGGGCCAGCCGUGCGCUCUUGUCAACAUCGACGGCAACCUGAUUGCCCAGAUGGCCGACGACAACAACAUUCCAUACCAGAACCCCUCGGAGCUCGCCACCAGUAAGCAGUUUAUUGCCGCUGUGCUGUCUGAUCUGCAGAGCGUCGCCAAGCACAACCACCUGGCCAAGCAGGAGACCCUUGCUGCUGUCAGCAUCGAUGCCGAGCUGUGGACCCCUGAGAACGGCAUGCUGACUGCUGCCUCCAAACUCAAGCGCACGGAUAUCGUCCGCCACAACCAGGAGAACAUUGAUGCCAUGGUGGCCAAGCUUACUGUUGACUAA